AUGCCUGGAGUUAUGCGCCCUACGACCCUCCUCUCCGAGGCCCUCCCGCCGCUGAUAAUGGGCACCGCAACCUUCAACUCCCAAUACAAUGCAGACCCCUACGCACUGCCAACGACUGAGCUAGUGCAGCGCGCAUUAUCCCGAGGCAUUCGCGCCUUUGAUACGUCACCCUAUUACGGCCCCGCCGAAGAAUUACUCGGCCGCGCUCUCGCUACAAAAUUCGUCCAAUCGACCUUUCCCCGCGAAACCUACCACAUCCUCACAAAAGUCGGUCGCGUAGCGGGUUCUUCCUUCGACUAUUCCCCUUCAUGGAUUCGAUACAGCGUGCGCCGCAGUUUACAGCGCCUGCACACUUCAUACCUGGACGUGGUCUACUGCCACGAUGUGGAAUUCGUCACCCCCGCCGAAGUCGUUACCGCUGUACGGGAACUGCGCAGGCUCAGAGAUCAAGGGCUUAUUCGAUACGUCGGUAUCUCAGGUUAUCCGGUUGAUACGCUCAGUGAGCUUGCGGAGAUUAUUCUCCGGGAGACGGGAGAACCAUUGGAUGUUGUGAUGUCGUAUGCGAAUUUCACGUUGCAGAACACAAGAUUGCACUCUCGGGCUUUGCCUAGGCUCAUCGCUGCCGGGGUCGAUGUCGUGCCUAACGCUUCGCCAUUGGGGAUGGGGUUGCUUCGCCGUGAUGGCGUGCCUAUCGGCUCAAUGGGUGACUUCCACCCUGCGCCUGAUGCUCUGCGCAGCGCUGUGAUGCGUGCGGCCGAACUUGCAUCAUCGUAUAGUGAAAAAUUGGAGGUCAUUGCCAUUCGUUUUGCGCUGGAGUCGUGGCUUCGUGUUGGUGCACGUGCGGGAGGGCUAGGCGCACCUCUGGCCAAGGCCGUGGAUGCGGACCCGGGAUUCUUGUCUGUUGCCAAUCUUGGAACUGGAAAGAGGCUUGGUGUCAGUGUGAUGGGAGUAAGCAAUAUUGCUGAGUUGGAUGAGACCCUGCGCGUGUGGCACAGUAUCGUUGAUGGGUUGGAGAACUGGAGUGAGGAUGAUGAUGAUUAUUUCAACACCAAGUUAUCAACCCCGUCAACACCUGCUGUGGGUGCUGUACCAACAGCUGAAAAUGCAAGCAUUCUUACCCCCGAGGGAGGUGUUACGGAUCGCGCUUGGUCCCGUGCACGCGGGGCUCAUAUUCUUGAACUCGCGAGAGAAAUUCGGGAUGUCAUUGGCGCAGAGUGGGUUGAUUAUGUUUGGGAUAGCCCAUCGCCCGAUUUUGUGAAUACUCUGACCGCAGAGCAUGUUGCUCUGGUGCAUAAGAUCAAGGAGGAAGAAAGCCAAGGGAAGACAGAUCUCUCUGCGCUUCCCAGAGAAGAUCCGAUGCUCACACCACCGUCAGACGUGGAGAGGCAGCUCGCAUAG